UCACUGUCCCCUCCUUACCGACUCUCCCAUUCGGAGAAAAGGACUGCAGUUUUUCAUGAAAAAAACGUAAAAACUGGAUUAUUUAUCGGACAUUGACAAUGAAAAACGCUUUCUCCCGUUAUUCAUGCUGACUCUUCUGUAAAUCCGGCCCAGAUUUCACUCUGAGAGGCCUCUGUCUCUUCAUUUGAAUGCCUCUCACGAUGGCUAAGCGGGAAAGCGGCAGCACCAGCCCAGUGGUGCGUCAAAUAGACAAGCAGUUCCUGAUGUGUAGCAUCUGUCUGGAGCACUACCACAAUCCCAAAGUCCUGCCCUGCCUGCACACCUUCUGUGAAAGAUGCCUCCAGAACUACAUCCCCCCUCAGUCCUUGACCCUCUCCUGCCCAGUGUGCAGACAGACCUCCAUCCUGCCUGAAAAGGGUGUUGCAGCACUGCAGAACAAUUUCUUCAUAACUAAUCUGAUGGAGGUGUUGCAGAGGGAGCAGGACUGCACCCGUCCCGAGGCCUCUAGUGGGCUGGAGUCAGCCGGUGCUGCUACAUAUGCCCCGCCCCUCUCCUGCCCCAACCAUGAGGGCAAGGUGAUGGAGUUUUACUGCGAGUCUUGUGAAACGGCCAUGUGUUUGGAAUGCACUGAAGGAGAGCACAGAGAACAUGUGACCGUUCCACUGCGGGAUGUUCUGGAGCAACACAAAGCAGCGCUGAAGAACCAGCUGGAUGCUAUUCGCAACAGGCUUCCUCAGCUGACUGCAGCUAUAGAGCUGGUAAAUGAGAUCUCCAAGCAGCUAACAGACAGGAAGAAUGAGGCAGUGACAGAGAUCAGCAAUACAUUCGAGGAACUGGAGAAAGCACUGCAUCAGCGCAAGACUGCCCUCAUCACCGACCUGGAGAACAUCUGCAGCACCAAGCAGAAGGACAAAGACGGUGAGUUAGUAAAGACUGGAAAUGCUGCACUGAGGGCUCAGAUCAGUGGUGCAGAUGGAACCGUCACCGAAACGGACAUAACAGACAACAAGAACGGCACUUAUGAGAUCGGCUACACUCUCCGCUCAGAGGGCGAGUUCUCCUUCUCCAUCCUGCUCUACGGGCAGCCCGUAAGGGGCAGCCCCUUCCGCCUGCGGGCUGUCAAGCCCUGCGAUGCCCCGCAGUCGCCCGAUGAUGUGAAGAGACGCGUGAAGUCACCCGGAGGAGGUGGAGGGGGUGGAGGACAUGUGCGCCAGAAGGCGGUGCGCAGACCCUCAAGUAUGUACAGUACAACGAAGAAGAAGGAGAAUCCCAUAGAGGAUGAACUCAUCUACAGAGUGGGGACGAGGGGUCGCGAGCGGGGGGAAUUCUCCAACCUGCAGGGCAUCUCUACCACCAGCAACGGCCGAAUCGUGGUCGCUGACAGCAACAACCAGUGCAUACAAGUGUUCUCUAAUGAUGGUCAAUUCAAACUGAAGUUCGGGGUCAGAGGUCGCUCCCCUGGUCAGCUCCAGCGCCCCACUGGCAUUGCAGUGGACUUGAAUGGCGACAUCAUUGUGGCCGACUAUGACAACAAGUGGCUCAGCAUCUUCUCUCCAGAUGGCAAGUUUAAGAAUAAAAUCGGUGCAGGUCGGCUGAUGGGUCCUAAAGGAGUGGCCUUGGACAAGAAUGGUCAUAUUAUCACGGCAGACAACAAGGCCUGCUGUGUCUUCAUUUUCCAAUCCAAUGGCAAACUGGUGACCAAAUUUGGUGCCAAAGGAACAUCUGAGAGGCAAUUUGCAGACAAAAGCACUCCGAAUACACCGACAGAGCCAAAGCAGAGUAAAUCUGGCCCUGCCUUCAGUCCUCAUUUUGUGGCCAUAAACAACAAGAAUGAAAUUGUUGUGACAGACUUCCACAAUCAUUCUGUAAAGGUUUACAAUGCUGAUGGCGAGUUCCUGUUUAAAUUUGGCUCACAUGGUGAAGGGAACGGCCAGUUCAACGCACCCACCGGCGUGGCUGUAGAUGGCAAUGGGAAUAUUAUUGUUGCAGACUGGGGUAACAGUAGGAUACAGGUGUUCGACAGUUCUGGCUCUUUUCUGUCAUACAUCAACACGACAGCGGAUCCUUUGUACGGUCCACAGGGUCUGGCUCUCACGUCAGAUGGUCAUGUGGCCGUGGCAGACUCUGGAAACCACUGCUUCAAAGUCUACCGAUACCUGCAGUAAAGACUCGCCGUGAUGGAAGAGUUAAAUAUACUGUAAGCUCCAACAGUCUUCUUUGGCAUUUCAUGUUUUCCUUUGCACAAGUCUCUGCACACAAAAUUCCAGCCAUUUGACUAAUGCUGAGGUGAACAAACCCAGGGCUUCAUGAAUGUUGCAUCCCUAUUUGAUGAAUUUCCAUUGAUUUGUGUUAAUAGUCACUUCCUAAAUGAAUGUACAUUGAACCCAAGCAAAUAACACAGUCGCUGUGUAUAUAACAGUGACCGAGGGCAGCUAUCUGCAUGCUUUUAUAAAAGUCUUUCUUGCAAACCUUAAAUGCUGCUUGACAAACCCCUCCGUUAAAUUGCAGGGAACUAAAUGGUGGUCAAUAAAUGCUUUCUGGGCAAAUCAUUAAUGCAACGGCUUAAGAAUGACCUGCGGAUGGCGCUAUCUCACAUCAAACCGGCCUUUUGUGCAUUGAUUAGCUGUACAUGUGUACGCAUUUGUAUCAUAUGGUGUAAAUCUGAUCGCCAUUGAUUUGCUGUAGUAUGGUUUCAGAGAUCCACUCUCUCUAGUGCGCUGAAGCUUAAUAUUAAGAUAAUCCGGCUGUCAAUGUGCUUUAGUAAAACUGCUUGUAGGCCUCUGAUUUUAAAAGCUACGCCUAUACGUCACAUGGGCUUUCUACAUAUCACUGAACACAACAGCACAAUUUACAUAUUGCAUGCAUUUUAUUCACGUAAAAAGGUUAUAAAGCAAGUUUAUUUAUUUUGUAAACAAUGGUAUAAUGUUAUUUUUCUAAGUUGAAGUGUUUUGUUUAACUGCAGUUCAAUGCCUUCGGUGGUUUUCACAAGGUGUGCAAAGCUAACGUGUUGUGAAGUACAACUGAGUUUUUUUUUUUUUUUACGCACAUGAUAGUCACCAUGUCAUUAAAAGGAAUGUGGAUGUGUCAUAUCAAGACGCCGAAGAUAUGAACUUAAAAAAAUAAGGGAAAAUGAAUUUACAUUUUAAGUUGCCAAAUUACGAAAAGAACAAUUUGCCAUAGUUGACCAUAUUACGAAGCAUUUACUACUGUUUUUUAAAUUAUUUUUUAUUUCGUUUUAUUAUGAAUGUAAACAAAUGAAUGAAAAAUAAAAAAAAUUACUGCAUUAGAAAUGACAGUUUUAUCAUUCUGGCCCAGAUGUUAUACUACUAAGUACACAAAAGCAAUGAAUACUGAAUCAGGAGCACAUUUGUACUUUAUAUAGAGUCGUGAUUCUGAUUUGACAAAUGUCUGCGAGCAAAAGCCAGUGUUUUUUAAGCCA